AUGAGAUCUUUCACUCUCUUCACAUCUGCUCUUGCAGCACUCGCCAGCACCGUCAGCGCUGCUGGUGUCACUGGUGCUGCUGAAGGUUUCGCCAAGGGUGUAACUGGAGGUGGUUCAGCCGCUGCUGUGUACCCUACCACUACCGCCGAGCUGGUCUCGUACCUUGGUGAUAGCAAGCCUCGUGUUAUUAUCCUCAAUAAGACCUUCGACUUCCGCGGUACUGAGGGCACCACCUCUGCCAAGGGCUGUUCUCCCUGGGGUACUGGUAGUCUCUGUCAGCAGGCCAUCGACAAGGAUGGUUGGUGUGAGAACUACGAAGCUUCGGCACCCAAGGUCUCUUCUCUGACUUACGACAAGGCCGGCAUGAUCGGUAUCACUGUCAACUCCAACAAGAGUUUGGUUGGUCAGGGCAGCAAGGGUAUUAUCAAGGGCAAGGGUCUCCGCAUGGCCAACGGUGUCAAGAACAUCAUUAUCCAGAACAUUGCUAUCACUGACCUCAACCCCCACUACGUCUGGGGCGGUGACGCUAUUACUCUUGCUGGUACUGAUAUGAUCUGGAUUGACCACGUUACUACCCAACGUAUUGCUCGUCAGCACAUUGUCCUCGGAGAGUCUGCUUCCGGCAGAGUCACUAUCUCCAACUGCGACAUUGACGGCUCAAGCUCCUGGUCGGCCACUUGUGAUGGUCGUCACUACUGGGCUCUUUACUUCACCGGCUCCAACGACAUGAUCACUUUCAAGGGCAACUACAUCCACCACACCUCCGGUCGUUCGCCCAAGGUCCAGGGCAAUACUAUCCUACACGCAGUGAACAAUUACUGGUACGACAUUGAUAGCAAAGGCCACGCUUUCGAGCUCGGCCAGGGUGGUUACGUCCUCGCUGAAGGUAACAAGGUUCAGAAUGUGGCUACGGUAAUCGAAGCCGGCGCUACUGGCAAGUACUUCACUGUUCCUGGCAGCGGCAGUGUCUGCAGCUCCUAUAUUGGCCGUAGCUGCCAGAACAACGCCUUUGGCAGCUCUGGUGCCUUCUCCUCUGCCGACACUAGCUUCCUUGGUAACUUCAAGGGCAAGAACAUUGCUUCUGCUGCUGCUGCCAGCUCCGUUUCCACUGCCAACGUUGGCUACGGCAAGAUCUAA